AUGCCUACCAUACUCGUUGUAGGAGCUACUCGCGGCCUGGGUGCGAGCAUCGUAGAAACAUAUGCAGCAGACGCAAACAACCACGUUCUGGCUACUGCGAGGUCCUCAGAACCCCCAGACAAUACAAGCAACAUCACUUACAUUCCAAACAUCGACCUCGAAUCCCCACAUGCUGGCAGCGACCUCGUCCACUCUCUUGAAUCACACAAAAUACCCCACCUGGAUAUCGUCAUAAUAACAGCAGGCUAUUUUGCAACUGAGUCGCUUAAGGAGCCCUCCUUUUCUGCUCAACAGCGCAUGUAUACAAUAUGCGCCAUCGGUCCGACCACACUCGUAACUGCACUUGCCAACUACAACAGCACACUUCUCGACGACCGGUCUAAGAUAGUCUUUGUAUCUUCCGAGAGCGGCAGUAUUACACUCAGACAUGAGUCGGAGGGUGGCGGCAACUAUGGCCACCAUGCCAGCAAAGCAGCACUCAACAUGUGUGCGAAACUAUUAAGCUUGGAUCUGAAAGACCGUGGCAUUGCGAUAGUUACCGUACAUCCAGGCUUCAUGAGGACGGACAUGACUCGUAACGUGGGCUUUGAUAAGUUCUGGGAUGAAGGAGGUGCAGUCACACCGGAUGUCGCUGCGCAGUCGCUUGUGGGAUGGAUUGAACAGUUCGAUAUUAGUCAUACCGGACAGUACUGGGCUCCAAGAGGACCUGCGGACAUUGGCACUGCCGAGCCUGUGUUGGGACCUAAGGACAAGCUGUCGACUCCUCUUCAGCUGCCAUGGUGA